CAUUUUGAAGGCGGCGGUGGGAGGGACUGAGGCGGCUGCAGUGCUUAGGUGGCUCGUGCUGAGCGUUCUCUUCCUUCUCUGGGGUUGUUAAUGCUGCAGCCCCAGCCCUCCAAAAAAAACCUGAAGCGAAGCUCAUAGCGCGGGGCUGGUGGGAAAAGCAGCGCUAAGGCUGUGAGGAAACGGGUUGCGGCCUGCUGUGGGGUUGGAGUGUGUCCUGCAGGGGUUGGUGCUGGAAGUGCUUUUAAUUCUGCAAGCAGCCUUCAAACGGUACCACACCGAUACAAGGGCUAUGGCACUGUGGUCUUACAGCACUGACAACACGUAAAGAACCUCCAACAAAGGCAUCCUGGCUCUUCAGGUUUUGGCACCUAGCCUGAUUCACCUCUUCCUAUUGCAAUGUCAGAAUGAUUCACCAAGUUUUGUUAUGAGAUGAAUUCAGGAUUUAAAUGCCAGCACCUCAGGAACCUCCACAGAAGGCACUUUCAUUGCUUUGGAGGGCCUCAGGUUCAGCUGCUCCACUGCAGCUGUCAUCUGGACACAGAGCCACUGAUGUCUACACUCUGAGCCCAGUGGUCAAGCCGUUUUGCAGGCAACACAACAGUACAUUUACCCAGCCAGAACUUCUUCAGCUUGCUAAUGAGAGCAGUGUCACUGCAGUCAAGCUUCACCAGGAGAGGAUUGCUUUUAAAUGACUCGUGCCUGCUGUGUCAUGUCUGCAGCUGGAGCUGAGAGGAGCCGCUGGGAGGCCGUGUGUGACAGGCUCUGCAGUUGCAGGAAAAUAAGGCAGAUUUAGACCAGAGGAACUGUUGGAAACUUGUUGGCUUAAUGAUUAAACCUUGCAAUGCUGUGGGAGUGUUAGGACAAAGAGAGACCUCUGGACUUGUGUGUUCUCUCAGAAGAGGAGGCAGAAGCUUGCCUUGCACUGAAACACAUCCAUUCAGUAGAGAGAGAAUUAACUGGCAGGUUGGGGGAUCUUGGUUGCUUGAGGACUCACCAGUGUGUGUGCAAACCCACCCCACCAAGCAGAGUGGCUCAGCCUGGCCACCCUAGGCAGCAUGUCCCUCCGUGAGCAUGCGCUGUCCCUCUUCCGAAGCGCAGUGGGCACCGUCCGGCCAGCCCCAAUGCUGAAAAGGGCACUGAAGCUCCAGGGAGAGGAGUGCCCUCAGCUGCUGGUGAACAGCCGUGCCUUCCCGUUGAAGAGGGACCUGUACUUGGUGGGGUUUGGCAAAGCUGUCUUAGGGAUGGCGGCAGCGGCAGAAGAGAUCCUGGGAGACCACCUCGUUCGGGGGAUCAUCAACGUGCCACUGGGCAUCCAGGAGAGCCUGCAGCGAGCAGGAAUGCAGGAGAUGCUGCUGAAGCCACACAGUAGAAUCCAGGUCAUUGAAGGUGCCAAGAACAACCUUCCUGACCCAGAGGCUCUUAGGGGAGCAAGUGCCAUUCAGGAGCUGGCUGAGGGCCUGACAGCGGAUGACCUGCUCCUUGUGCUUAUCUCAGGGGGUGGAUCAGCCCUACUGCCUGCUCCCAUCCCUCCCAUUCUCCUGGAGGAGAAGGAGAAGCUCACAAAGAUGCUGGCUUCCCGAGGAGCUGCCAUACAGGAGCUGAAUGCUGUCCGGAAAAUUCUGUCUCUGCUGAAGGGUGGAGGGUUGGCCCGCCUCGCAUAUCCUGCACAGGUGGUGAGCCUCAUCCUUUCCGACGUGAUUGGUGACCCCCUGGACAUCAUAGCGAGUGGGCCCACUGCUGCCAGCUCCCACAGCAUCCAAGACUGCCUUCAGAUCCUGGCCAAAUACAAUCUGCUGCACGGCCUGCCCAGCUCCGUGGAAGCAGUUCUCUCCAGCUCUCCCCCCAAGCCCACUGCUGCAGAAGACUACUCCCACGUUUGCAACGUCAUCAUUGGGUCAAACACGUUGGCUUUGGCUGAGGCCAAGCGCCAUGCAGAGAGCCUGGGCUAUGCGACCCUGAUUCUCAGUGCAGCGGUCUGUGGGGAUGUUGGCCGUGUUGCUGUGCUGUACUGCCAGCUGAUCUGUCUGCUCUGUCUGCACUUGGCCAGCCUUGGGGAAGGGCCUCGGGGCUCUGAGGUAAAGGGGAAUCUCCUGCAGCUGGCGGCAGAGUUAGACAUCCCAGGUUUGAACAUGGCUGAGUUUCUGCAGGCCCUGCAAGGAAUGGAGCCCCAGAAACCGGUCUGCAUCCUGGCUGGAGGAGAAACUACGGUUCAGCUUCAAGGAACUGGGAAGGGAGGGAGAAACCAAGAGCUGGCUCUGCGAGUGGGGCUGGGGCUGCACAGGGCACGGGGUGUUGAGGCCAGCAGCCUGGGCAGGUGUGAUGUCAUCUUCCUGAGUGGGGGAACAGACGGGCAAGACGGGCCCACGGAUGCAGCUGGGGCUUUCUGCAGCCCAGAGCUGGUGGCUGAGGCACUGCGGGAAGGCCUCGAUGCAGAGAUCUUUCUCAGCAACAAUGACUCCUAUGCCUUCUUCAGCCACUUCCAGCGUGGACGUCAUCUCCUGGUGACUGGCUUGACGGGCACCAACGUCAUGGACAUCCAGGUUAUUUUAAUUAGAGCCACGGACAGAUCAUGAGAGCUCCCUCUGCAGAUAUUCAGAUGCAUUUAAUUAGGAGCAGGGGUAAAUAAGGCCAUAAACAUUGCAGACGAAACUACUUAAAUUAGGGCUUGCUGUCAAGGGUGCUAAUAUCUCUGACAGAAAGAGUCUACUAAUUAGGCAAAAGCAAAUCCACAGUAAAAGCAUCGGGAACAGUCAAGCUCUUGUAAUUGGGAUUAGAAGAAGGUAAGGAGUCACACUGUGGAUAUGGAUGUUGCAUUUAGCACUUCUGCAGAGAGCCACCACUGCUGUGACAGCUUCAGCUGUGGGUGAAAGGCAUGGAGAAAGCGAGGCUGUGGCACUGCUGCUGGAGAGAGCUCCCAGUGUGGUGUGGGAACCCCCUCUGAUCCUAGGAGAGCCUCUGUGCCGGCAGGCUGUGUGUUAGGAGCUUUCAUGGUGUUGUUUUCCAACUGGCCGGAAAACAGUCGCGCAUCCAGCCUGAGCUACUGACCUUUCUUCUGUGCCGAGGCAGAAGUUGCUGUCACUCUGAUUAACUCUGCUAAUUCUGCAGAACAAAAGGCAAGGAAGUCUUCAUGCUCAGCUCUCCUGACCCAUGCUGCUGAGCUGAUCAAAGGGCAAAGCUGCAAGAGCCUUGCUUUGACAAGGAGCUGCCCCCUACCCCUCUGAGAACACCGUGGUGCUGCCGGUUUUGCCACUGACUGCCGUGCAAUACAUGGGAGAGCAGAGAUGAGUUGGGUUUCCCAGGAUGCGGGGCUGAAUUUUAGCUGGGCCCUGGCUACCUAUUCAAAGGACUUCAGCUCAGCAGCCGCUAUGACCCAACACAUUCAACUCCUUUGAAAAAUCUGCCUAUUUGUCACAGAGCCUAAGUGGGAGCUGAGCUCCUUUGAAAAUCCAGCCCUAAUUUAAUAGGACACGCUUGACUCAGACUCUUCCCAGACAGACUGGCCUGCUCUGUGUGGCUGAUCUAAUCUCAUGGCACAAAUUCUCCGUCCUGCCAGCACGGUGAGUAGUGCUAUCACUGGGCAGCCGUGAGCUCCGCUCAGAGAAUUGGAGGGUGGAUUUCUGAGGAAGCUGUGCACCUCCUGCUUUGUUAUUUAAGCUGAUAUCUGGCAAGUAGGAGUGUUGGCAGGACUGCCAAGGCGGCUAGCCCCUUCCCCUUGGUAUCAGUAGCACCCUGAGCCUGUGCCCACAGCCUGAGCUCAUCGCAAGGGGAUUUCAAAACCCAGCUCCUGGGGGUAACUACAAUCCCACGUCUCCUUUGUGCUUCAGGGCUGAAGGUCUUCUGCAGCAUGCCUGAGCUUGCUUAUGCUGGCAAGCAUCUUGGAGAUCUGCUUGAGGAGAGCUGCCAAGUGUCAAAAAGCUUGUUGGGGGGUGAUGGCACAGGAGAAGGCGCUUUGUUUUGGGUGUUUUCUCCGAGGGUCACCAAUGGGCUUCAGAGUAUUUGGUUUUCACUGUGUGCCCAACGUGCCAGCCCUGCAGGCAUGCAAGCCAAAAUGUGGUCUGGGGCCAGAUGGACUGGCUGAACCUUGCCCCAUAGUGCUGCAAAUGCUUCAUGUCUUAAUUCUAAUCAAGCAAAAUCCAGAGUGACUCCAACUCCAGCCAUUCCCUGCUUUCUCCUCAGAAAUCAUUGAACCACAGCAUGGUUGGGAUAGAAGGUACCUCACAGCACCCAUCCCUGCCAUGGGCUGGCUGCCCCCCAGCUUGGACUGCCCAGGGUCCCUCCAUGGCACCUCCAGGUAUGGGCACCCAUAGCUCUGGGCAGCAGUGCCAGCACUUCACCCUCUAAAAAUUAAAAAUAAAAUUGUCCAGAGCAGUUUCCUUUUUUUCCCAACAAACGUACAGUUUUCUUCAGAGGAACUGAUUUGUUCCAAAAUAACUUCACUUUCGUCAUCUUUCUCAACAGGAGGUUUUGAAACUGGAGAUCCGGGGGAAUUGGCAGAGACAAAUGGGUGUUGUGUUUGCCUUGUCUUUUUCAGAUGAGCGAGAUAGCCUUGUCUUUCUUCCUCCUUCUCUUCCUUGGUGUUUGUUCUGCCAGGUGGGCAAAGUGAGUGGCCAGGCACGAUGCUCUUCUCCCCCUCAGCACCACGCAUGCAGGCAGAGCUCCCUGCUUAGCCAUCUCAAUGCAUGCUGCAGCUCUGGGAGAGGUGUCCUCAUCCCCAUGCAGGGGGCCGUGGGAGAGCCAAGCUGGUCAUGCCAGGGUGGGCAGGCUCUGCAAAGUGUGCUGCUCACAGCCAAGCACUGCUCAUGGCUGGGAGAAGUAUCGGUGCUAUGAACGGUGCAAGCUUUUGGCAGUAAAUUAAAAACCUUGGCUGCUG